CUACUCAGAAGUUUACCGAAGAUCAGGAACCCAUACCUCACAAUCAAGAGACAGGCACAAAGAAAUCAAAUUGGUUUAUAUUAGCUCGUAAAAACGAUAUUAGAUAUUGGAUAAGAAAACUAAAAUUGUUUAGCGCUUCUGUUACCUUGGUUACACACUCGGCAUUUGCCCAAAUACUUGAAAAUGAUUCAGGAUGCACAAAUUCUUCAACAACAUAAUACUGAACUCAUCAAACUGAUAGAAGACCUAUGUCAGAAAAGAGACCAGCUGCAAAAAGCGAUUAUAGAAGAAGAUGAUGAAAAGAACCGACUUCAACACGAUAUGAGAAUUAUUUCCGAAAAGCUUGCGAAGGUGAACGAUUCUCUAAGCAAGAAGCUAGUUAUUAGAAACUCAUACGACAAGGCAAUUGCUGAGUCCCAACAAGCUUACUCCAAAGUAUAGUAUACCCAUAAUUUACAUAGUAUUUUCAAGUUGUUAGAAAAUUCCCACGUGCUGCUGAAUGUUCUGCAGAGCAACCAAGAAAAAAUGAAAGACAAAUUUGCUAAGAGUUACCACAACUAGUCUCCUAACUACUUACUGGCAGUGGUAUCAUCAACGCUUUCCACGGAUUUGUCGUUUUUAUGAAAUACUAUAUUAUGUUACCCGAACCGAACAUCCAAGUAGUUUCAUCUUUUAAUGUGUCACUUUAAAUUAAUACGUGCUUUCUGAAAAUAUCCUACAAUUAUAUUUGAAC